AUGACAACAACACCGAUGACUCCAACAAUACUGCCUCACAUGACAUCGGCACUACUACUUCCUAUUGCAACAACUACUGCCAUUUCAAAAUUGCCAACAACAUUAACAACAACAACUGAACCAACAAAAUCCUCAACAACAACUACAACAACAUCGACUAAACCAAGAAAAUCUUCGACAACAACGACAGCAACUCGGAAUAAUAUAACAUGCGCUAUAAAGUAUGGAGAGCCGAUUGGCGUUGUCGUUAGAAAUCACAAAUAUGUAAAGGGUAGUAAUAACAAUAACAAUAGUAACAAUAAUAAUAAUAUCAAUAAAAAUAAGUUAACUAAAUACAGGUUGAGGUCAGCUGGGGAUAAUUUAACAAAGACCACUCACACUACUUCUACUAUUUAUACUGCCAAUAAUAAUAAUAAUAAUAAUAAUAAUAAUAAUAAUAAUAAUAAUAAUAAUAAUGGUUAUGAUGUUGAUGAGGAAGAGGAUUGCGAUGAUGACGAUGAUGAUGAUGAUGACGAUGAUGAUGAUAUCUGGAGCGAGACUCCUGCGAAGAAGUUAAGAAUUGAUACUAAACUAAUCGACAAUAAUAAUUUCAAAUAUAACAAUAAUAAUAAUAAUAGCAAUAAUAAAAAUAUGAAUUACAGUAAAAGAAGUAAUAAUAAAAAUAAUAAUAAUAAUUAUGAUAAUUUGUCCUGGCGAGAACUUCGAGAUAUUGAAAGGGCUCUUAGCCUAUCUUUAAAAAAUAAUAACAAUAAUAACAACAACAAUAACAUUAACAAUAAUAAUAAUAACAAUAAUAAUAAUAACAACAAUAAUAAUAAUAAAAGUCAGAGAAAGUUUGCCGAUAAUGCUUAUAAUAAUAAUAAUUUGAUGUCGAAACCGAAAAGAAAAUAUAACAGGAAAAUGUUGUUGGCAGGUAGAAAGGCAGACACCGCAAAGUUUCUCGACUAUUUGUGCAUCAGAGGUCAGUGCAUUUCAUUGGCCGGUUGUUUGAAUGUGUGGUCUCUGAUUGGCUGGAUGUGCGUGGGUUGUCAUUGGCCGCAUGCUGUUGUGGCCAGAAAUCGUCCAGAUUUUCAAGCUUUCAGCGACAACUACGCCAGCAGCAGCAUCGACAACAAUAUCAGCAACAACAGUUACACCGUCAGCAACAUCUGCAACAACAACAUCAACAACAACAGUUAUACCAUCAUCAACGACAACAACAACAACAACACUAACAACAACAAGAGUUAUAUUAUCAACAACAUCAGCUGCAACAACAACGUUUAUAUUACCAACAACAACAUCAACAACAACAUCAGCAAUGACAUUUAUUCCAUUGACAACAUCAACUACAACAACAACAACAGUUAUACCGUCAACAACAACAACAGCAGUAGCAACAACAACAACAGUUAUAUUACCAACAACAACAUCAACUAUGACAACAACAACAACAUCGUCAUCAGAAGCAGCAACAACUCUUAUAUCAUCAACAACAUCAACAGUUAUACCAUUGACGACGACAACAACAACAAUAGCAUCAUCAACAAAAAUUUCGUCUACAACACCAACAAAGACAUUGGCAACAACAACAACAACUUCAACAACAACAUCAACAACAACAAUAACUUCAACAAUAUCAACAACAACAGCAUCAACAUCAACAACAUCAGCAACAACAACAAUAUCAACAACAACAACAAAAUCAUCAUCAACAACAACCAUGCCGUCUAG